ACUGAACGAUGCCAGAAACAGAGAGAGAAAAUCCUCUCUCCCAUUCACCUCCUCCCUCUCAUCAUCUCUAUUUCCCCAAAUUCUCUCUCUCAUCUCUCCAGAACCAAACACCAAAAGCAACAAAAACAUGAGCGUGAUCGACAUUCUGUUCCGAGUCGACGUCAUCUGCAAGAAAUUUGACAAGUACGACGUCGACAAACAGCGAGAACUCAACGCCGCCUCCGACGAUGCCUUUGCUCGCCUCUACGCCGCCGUUGAAGCCGAAUUCGAAGCCGCUCUCAGCAAAUCGGAAGCGGCGGCAAUGGAGACGAGUAGGGCUGGUGUUGUUGCGAUGAAUGCGGAGAUUCGUCGGGCAAAGGCUCGGAUGAUGGAGGAAGUUCCCAAGUUGCAGAAAUUGGCGCUGAAGAAGGUCAAAGGGCUUUCCAAAGAAGAACUAGCCACUCGUAGUGAUCUGGUUCUUGUGCUGCCAGAGAGGAUUCAAUCCAUCCCUGACGGGACCACAUCUGCGGUUAAGCAAACUGGAGGCUGGGCAUCUUCAGCAUCUCAUAAAAAUAUCAAAUUUGACUCUGAUGGGCACUUUGGUGAUGAUUUUUUUCAACAGUCUGAAGAAUCGAGUCAAUUCAGGGGAGAAUAUGAAAUGCGAAAAAUGAAACAGGACCAAGGCCUAGGCAUUAUAUCGGAAGGUCUGGAUACUCUGAAGAAUCUGGCACUCGAUAUGAAUGAGGAAGUGGAUAGGCAAGUUCCAUUGAUUGACGAAAUUGAUACAAAGGUGGAUAGGGCAACAGAUGAUCUUAAGAGUACUAACGUUAGACUCAAGGAAAAUCUUCAUAGGAUAAGGUCCAGCCGAAAUUUCAUUAUCGACGUCAUUCUGUUGUGUGUUAUUCUGGGGAUUGCAUCCUAUUUAUACAAUAUACUGAAGUAAAAGGAUUGCAAAAGCUUCUCAUUCUGCUCCAUUGUCCGAGUGUUAUCUGGUAUUGUCUCGCUGUGUAAUAACGAAGUGAAAAGGAUUGGAAAAAAGGAAAAAGCAUCUCGCUGUGCUGGAUUGUAAAAGAUAGCAUAAAUUUGACAUAUUUAAAUGAGAUUAUUCGUAUUACCAAAACCGUCAUAAUUGUACGAGGGUAUGACGUGAGACUC